AGUCCUCAUCCGUCUUGAUUCCUACUUGCGUUGCGCUGGUAGGCCAUUCCCCACCACGACUGCAGUAGAGCUACCGUAGCAUUCCCUUUCCCUCAGCGCUACAUCACACCCUCUCUUGCGCUCGCAUUGCUAUUCAAAGCAGACUAGACCCUGUCAGGACGAUUUGCCAUCGAACGCAGCGCUGCGCACCUCUCGCCCUAUUCAGCUAGAGCAUCCGAAUCAGCUCCUACAGAUCCCGGCAGCUGUCACCUAGUCUGCCCUGGUUCCCUCAUCCAGGCAGCUCGUCCUCUGCGCUUUUCUGCGUAGCGCUGCUGCCCACUCCAUCGACCACGCUCCUGCGAGCCUCGUACGCAGCUAGCGCCUCCCCUACACCUCCUUUCGACCGGACUGCCUUCUCCGACCAUGUCGGCCAAUACAGAUGCAAAGCUGUUCCAACGGAACAAGGUCCAAGAGCUUCGUGCCGACCUGCUCUCCGACAAGAAGGAUAAAGGAUGGGUACGCAAAAAGACGACUUUGAAGAAGAUCAUCGCCAAUGCGACAAUGGGUAAUGACAUGAGUGGGCUGUUCAAUGAGGUGGUGGAUUGCAUGAGUAUUCAAGUCUUGGAGAUCAAGAAGAUGGUUUACCUGUACCUGGUGAACUAUGGGCGCUCAAAACCUGAGCAAGUGGCCAAUGCCAUUCCCGGCUUCCUCUCGGACUGCAAUGACCGCAAUCCCUUGAUCCGGGGACUGGCCAUCCGGACCAUGUCCUACAUUCCUGUCCCCACUAUCCUCUCGGCCCUCCUCGACCCGCUUCGGCACUCCCUCAAAGACUCGGACCCUUACGUGCGUAAGACUGCAGCCAUCUGUGUAGCCAAGCUGUACAUGCACGACAAGCGCACCGUAGAGAAGCACGGGCUCAUCUCUAGCUUGAGAGAUCUUCUGGCGGAUACCAACUCGACGGUCGUGGCGAAUGCAGUGGCGGCCUUGACGGAGAUCAGCGAGAGGAGUGAUAACAUCCAGUUGAAGCUCAAUCUCACCAUUGCGAGCAAGCUGGUGAGCGCUUUGCCGGACUGUUCGGAAUGGGGUCAGACGUACAUCCUCGAGUCUCUCAUGUUCUUCGUACCGGCCGACUAUGCCGACGCCGAGAUUCUCGCGGAGAGGAUCGCCGUACGACUGCAGCAUGCCAACUCGGCUGUGGUGCUGACGAGUACCAAGGUCAUUCUGUAUUUGAUGAACUACAUUGCCAGCGCGGAGUUCAAGGAGGGUCUGUGUAAGAAGCUCAGCGGCCCAUUGGUAACGCUUCUCUCUUCUGGACCUGAAGUGCAGUACGUUGCGCUCCGCAACAUCCUCCUCGUGAUCCAGCGUCGACCAAUCGUAUUGCAGAAUGAAGUCAAGGUCUUCUUCUGCAAGUACAAUGAUCCGAUCUAUGUCAAGAUGGCCAAGCUGGAGAUCAUCUAUCGGUUGGCCAACGAGAAGAAUGUGGAGCAGGUCUUGGCGGAGCUGAGGGAGUACGCCACGGAAGUUGACGUGGACUUCGUGCGCAAAUCUGUCAGGUCCAUUGGUCGUUUAGCGUUGAAGAUCACUUCCUUCGCAGAUCGCUGCGUCGAGGUGCUCCUCUCCCUGAUCAGCACAAAGGUCAACUACGUAGUGCAAGAAGCAAUCGUCGUCAUCAAGGACAUCUUCCGAAAAUACCCAAACCAGUACGAGAGCGUCAUCGCUACGCUUUGCGAGAAUCUGGACUCGCUGGAUGAACCGGAGGCUAGGGCUGCUAUGAUUUGGAUCAUUGGGCAGUACGCUGAUAGGAUUGAGAAUAGUGACGAGCUGCUGGAAGAUUUCCUCUUCUCAUUCUUGGAGGAGCCUGCAGAGGUACAAUUGGCACUCCUCACUGCCACUGUCAAGCUGUUCCUCAAGCGGCCCUCUGCGGGUGGAGAGCUUGUCCCCAAGGUGCUGAAGUGGGCAACAGAGGAUGUGGAGAACCCAGAUGUGCGAGACCGUGGAUUCAUGUACUGGCGUCUGCUGUCGACUGAUCCAGCAGCUGCCAGAGACAUCGUUCUGGUGGAGAAGCCUGCGAUCAGCACAGAGACAGAUCGAAUGGACCGCCAAGUGUUGGAUCAGCUGCUACUACACGGUGCAUCCCUUGCAAGCAUCUUCCACCGCCAGCCUCAGACGUUCAUUCGAGGUGCCAAGGCCAGGCAUCUGCCUGACUCGAAUGCGCUAGACGAGGUCGCCCGUCGUACAGCCAGUGUGCAUCUCCACUCCAAGCCGAUUCAGAGAGGCGCCUAUGUACCCGCUGCCAAUGAAAAGAACACCGACGGCGAGAAGAAGGCAGUCCCGCCAGCUCUGCCCUCCCGUCCCUCUGCAAAUAGCAUCCCACAAUACAAUGGCGCCGACAUGGACACCAAUGGCGGUACGGCUACCAUCACCGCUAGCUCUAGUAAAUACAGCAACUUCAGCACUGGCACCGAUGGUGGUGGGGUUGGUGAGCCUCUAUCGCCUUCCCUUUCCCCAGUCGAGUCCGGCGCCUUUUCCGGCUCUGGAAAUGCCAAGUACGAUGCAGGUCGAGCGGGGGGCGGCAAUGGCACUGCAGGGGGCACCAUGGCUGUGCCAGUGGAUGACGAUGGGCCAGAUCCUUAUUCUAUGCUGGCAGAUCUGGAGCAGGACUAUGCUUCUGGAAGCGGAGGUGGUGGGGCAUAUCGGACAGAUCCACCUUUGCCGAAGAGGUCAGGUCUGAGCGGAUGGAAGGACGAUCUGCUGGGGUAAGGGCCGUGUGACAGCACGGUGAGACACCAUCAUUGUGUUCUCCCUUCUCCUUUCGUCUUCGUGUCUACAAUACCACAUUUACAUCAACGAUGGUGCCCCUGUGUCAGUGGUGUGGCGACAGCUCUAUUUUCCGAUGGCCGCUAACUUUCGUCUGCU